AUGUGCACAUCGGCAGCAGAGGCGGUAAGUCCGUACUUCAGUGGUGAACGCUACGAGCUCGGUCGCCCAGAGUCCGCCCCGACAACUAUGUGGUUCAAGUCGAUACUUUUGCUGCUUGCUGCAGCAUCACUGGGCUUAAGCGCCCCCAAUGCGAGAUACUCCAGUACGACCCGCGCUGGAUGGCAGCCCACAUCCCCGCGUACGGAUCGUCGCUCGUUGUUAUCUAGAGACACAUGCACCCUGCCAGAGGAAAUCCCCACGGCCGCGCCCAAAGCCAAUCCAUUCGUUGCCCUGUCUCAGCAGGAGAUAGACGAUUUGGCCAACUGGCUCCUCGCGCCUGCCCAAGGCCUCAACUUAACCAGCACUUCAAGCCCCAACAUCUCCCUCUCUGACAACUACAUCUGGCAUAUCGAUGUACUCAAGCCCAACAAGUCCGAUGUGCUGUCUUACCUCGACGGCAGCGGCGCUGUACCACGAUACGCCCGAGUGACCUUAAUCCAGGGAGGCCUCCGAGUCCCAAUCGUUGCUGAGUAUUCGGUCGGACCUCUCCCUAUUUCCAACAGUACUCAAAUUGGCUCACUCGACAACAUCUACAACGGUCCCAACGGAGCAAGACUUCUCUGGAGUGCCGGACCGGUCGAUCCUGUCCGGUCAGCAGCCAUCGACAACUUGAUGAACAUGACGUUAUCGCCCAUUGCGGACAUGACAAAUGACCUCCUGGACAUGGCAUUCUACGGCAGCAGUGACAAUCGCUCGACCAUGACAUACUUCAUGCAGAGCCCCGCAUCAACUGACGGGGAGCGCACGCUAUUCUGGAGUCCUUUCCGCCGAAAUGUCAUGGAGCCAUGGGAUUCGCCAUCGGACCUAUACAUCCAGUUUGACAUCACAGGCACAGACGCUUCGCUAUGGACAUCGCUCAAAGCCGUGUACAACUUGCAGGUCUAUGACAGUGUACAAGACUUCUACAACGCCUGGAAAGAUGGCAAUGUCACAAAGUCCCCACCACCCGCGACAGACAUCAGCUUCCUCUACAAAAACCAGACUGGGCCUGUUCGUGAUCUCGAAGAUCGGUUCGCGCCUACCAUACUAGCCCUCGACGGCAACCGCUUCAAGGUCGACAGGCAAGAACAGUACGUGGAGUACCUUGGAUGGACGUUCUACAUGCGUUUCGACUACGAUGUCGGUGUCCAGUUCUAUGAUAUCAAGUUUAAAGGAGAGCGCGUCCUGUACGAGCUUUCACUCCAAGAUGCGAUCGCUCAGUACGCUGGCAACAACCCAUUCCAGGCGGGCACUGGUUACAUGGACCGAUUCUAUGGCAUUGGCGCAUCCAGCAUCAAAAUGAUACCUGGCUACGACUGUCCGUACCACUCAGUAUAUCUUGACGGCAAUUACUCCACGACAACGCAACAAGCCUACACCCAGGACAGCGCAAUCUGCAUCUUCGAGACAGACAUCGGUACCCCAAUCACCAGACACAACAAUCCCGUGUGGGCACAAGCAACGAAGGGCUCCCAGCUGGUCGUACGCAUGGUCGCCACAGUGGGAAACUACGACUAUCUAUGGGAUUACGGAUUCUUUGUUGACGGAACAAUCACCGUCGAUGCUCACGCGUCCGGAUACAUUCAAGGCAACUACUUCCGACCAGAUGACGAAGGUCAGUGGGGUCCACGAGUCGCAGAAACCCUUGCUGGAACACUACAUACGCACGUCAUGAACUUCAAAGCUGAUUUCGACCUGAUCGACGAGAAGAAUACGUUUGUCAAGACAGACAUAGUUGUGGAAAACAUCACCCAGCCCUGGUUCACCGAGCUUGGCGCCUUCGAGAUGAUGCGCUACAACAUCAGCGAUGUGGAGACCGAGGACGACGGCCUCAUCAACCUCCCUCCCAACGGUCAAACCAUGUUCACAGUGGUCAACAAAGACCAGCUCAACGAAUGGGGCGUGCCUCGUGGUUAUCGCGUCCUUCCAGGCCUGUCAAAUGUCAUUCUCGCUUCUCAAAACUCCCCAUUCUUCCUCAAGAACGCGCAAUUCGCCAAACAGCCUAUCGCGGUCUCUCGUCAGCACGACAAUGAACCAUCGUCAACCGCGACCUUGAACCAGAAUGUCCCGCAGGCGCCAUUGACCGAGUUCUACAAGUUCUUCGACGGCGAGUCACUCGUGCAGCAAGAUCUGGUCACCUGGGUCAAUCUGGGCAUGCACCAUUACACGCGCGCGGAAGACAUCCCCAACACGUUGAUGUCGGAAGCGCAUUCGAGUAUCAUGUUCGCACCGCAGAAUUGGGGAAACACUGAGCUGACCAAGGAUCUGUCAAACGCGGUGAUGAUGUACGCGGAAGGACCAGAGAAUCAGAUUGUAAUUGAUACCAAUGGUGUAGAGCCGCCGGCUUGUCUGCCAUUGGGCCCUGAGGACUCGCUGGUGGGAGUCUUCUCUGUUGAGGGCUGA